AUUUCUUGUACUUUUUGCCUUGUAAAAUUUUGAAUUUCUACAAUACUAAACUUUAUUAAUUUUGUUAAUUUCUUGUAGUGAAAGUUUGGUUUUUAAUGGACGCCAACACGCAGUUGGCGUUGGCGGAGCAGAAACCGGGACUACCGCCGCGUCCUCCUGCAGCGGGAUCGACGGCGAUUGUGGAGUAUGAGAAACCGGUGUUCAAGGAGGAAGAGGAGGACCUGGAGGUCAAACUCCGCCGCAUCAUCGAGAAUGUUCCAGUCCGCGUUAGCAACACCUCUGGCAGUUCUGCUGGUUCCGGCUCCGGUGACUUCCACCAGUACCGACAAAUGAGACGGAAAGAGCAAGACAGGCUUGCCAGGAUGGAUACUGACUACCAGACAAGGAAAGAACUGGCUGAAUUUGUUCUGAGGAGGGAAGAAAGAAUAAAAGCUGCCGAAGAACGCACAGCAAAGAAGCGUUUGAAACGCCAAAAGAAAAAGCAAAGGAAGAAGGAAAAGAAGAUGAAAUCAAAUGCGGGAGGAGAACAUCAAAGGGAAGAGUCUUCAGAUGAUGAAGGUGAGUCUGACAAUGGUGAGGAAGCAGCACAAUGAAAUUUCAGUGGCAUGAACUUUGAUUUUCAAUGUAAAUUCAAUGUGCUGUGAAGGAGAAGUAGGUUGCAUCAACCCCAAGGUUCCUAUUAUUCAGUUCAGUGGGGUUGGUCAGCUUUGUAUGUGCACUUGUAUGCGUAAUUAGCUAAUGUUUUUUGAGGAAAUGAAAGGGAAAAGUGGAAGAAGAAAACUUUGAAAUUGCUGAGUUAUUGAACUGAUCUGUUAGUAUUCUUGGUGAUCUUUGGUUGGUGCAAAGUAUGUCCACUCUUAGAUCUAGUACUGAUGCUGUGGUCUUUAGGAAGAAGCAAGACCAGAAUUAAAGUAGGUUGAUGAUGUUGAUCUGUACCUGAAUCCUAAAGGAAGCAAGAUAAUCCUGCUGCUUUACUCUUUUCUGCUCCCCAGAACAGGAAGCUUUUGUUUGGUCUCCCAUUAUCUUGGCAAUAAUCAUUUAUGUUUAUU